AUGGCUGUCGAGGUCGUCAAAGCUGAGGCAGCUCCGGCGUCGUCUCCGGCGCCGGCCGAUGCAGAACCGAAGUUCGGAAUGGAUGAGCCGGAGCCGAAGGCCGUCGAGAAAAUCUCCUCAUACAGAGAGGAGACCAAUUUUCCCUCCGAUUUGAAAGAUCACGAGAAGAAAGCACUGAACGAGCUGAAGAAGAAGCUCGAAGACGCCAUUAACAAAAACACGCUUUUCAACAAAUCCCCCGAAAAGAAAGACGAAUGCUCGGAAAAUCUACCAACCGAAGGGAAAACCGAUAAUAAUAAUAAUAAUAAUAAUAAUAAUAAUAAUAAUAAUAAUAAUAAUAAUAAUAAUAAGCCCGAGUCCGACUCGUUUUCAAUCUGGGGCAUUCCCCUUCUUCCGAGCAAAGGAGACGAAAGGACAGAUGUCGCGUUACUAAAAUAUCUCCAAGCCCGCGAAUUCAAAAUCGAUGACUCGUUCGAGAUGCUUACGAAUACUCUCCAAUGGCGAAAAGAUUUCAAAAUCGAUACAAUCUUGGAUGAGGAUUUCGGGCCGGAUCUUGGCCCGGUGGCCUAUAUGAGUGGAGUUGAUUUUCGGGGCCACCCGAUUUGCUACAAUAUAUUCGGGGUUUUGGAGAAAGAAGAGGUUUACGAAAAGACAUUGGGUUCGGAUGAAAAGCGCGAUCGGUUUCUGAGGUGGCGAGUUCAGCUCAUGGAGAAAGGAGUGGCGAAGCUCGAUUUUAGGCCCGGGGGUGUGAAUUCACUUGUUCAGAUAAACGAUAUGAAGAAUUUUUCGGGCUCGUCGAGGAAGGAAGUUAGGGCUGUCGUGAACAAGGCCUCUGGAACUACAUUUAUCUGGGACCUUAUAGUUCUGGGCUGGGAAGUGAACUACACAGAGGAAUUCGUGCCUGCGAAUGAGAAUUCAUAUACUAUGAUUAUUCAGAAGGGGAAGAAAAUGAGUUCGAACGAGGCUCCUGUUCGCAGGACAUUCAAGAAUCGGGAGCCUGGGAAGAUUGUUCUAACUGUGGAAAAUUGUUCUGGGAAGAAAAAGAAGUUGUUCUACCGGUACAAGGUUAAGAAGGCUUCUUGUUGA